AUGUCAUCUAAUCAAUUCACCGUCGCAUCGCCUCCGACAGAUGCCAUCUCCGCACUCAAGUUCUCUACCGAACCAGAUUCCACCAGAAUAGUCGUAUCUUCAUGGGAUAAGAACGUUUAUUUGUAUGACCUGCGCGACGAAAAUGGGGAUGUUGGCACGGGGAAACUGCUACAAAAAUUCGAACAUAGAGCGCCCGUACUAGAUGUUUGUUUUGGUGCCAACGAGGAUGAGAUCAUUACAGCUGGACUGGACUGGGAUGUCAGGAAGAUUGAUGUAAACMCCUCCACCCAAACCGUCCUCUCUAGCCACGAAGCCGGCGUCAAAUCAGUGGUAUACAGCAAAGAACACUCCAUCGUAAUCAGCGCAUCAUGGGACUCAACCCUGCACGUCCACCGCCUCAACUCCGAUUCUACACCAGCGGUGAUUCCCCUGCCAUCCAAACCAUUCUCACUUUCGCUCAGCCCCACAAAGCUCGUAGUGGCCAUGGCCUCCCGCGCGCUACACAUCUACGACCUCAGAUCCCUAGCCCUCAUAACCGAUCAAGCCGACUCCCAACCUCCGGCGGUUAACAAAGUCGAAAUUGAGCCGUGGCAGAGACGAGAAAGUAGUCUGAAAUUUAUGACGAGGGCUGUUGCAUGCAUGCCUGACGAUGCUGGGUAUGCGUCGUCGAGUAUCGAGGGCCGAGUAGCGGUCGAAUGGUUCGAUCCAUCCACAGAAUCACAAGCACGCAAAUACGCCUUCAAGUGCCAUCGACAAACUGUUGAAGAUGUUGAUGUUGUCUAUCCCGUUAACGCGCUCUCAUUCCAUCCCGUUCAUGGCACAUUUGCUUCCGGCGGAGGUGACGGCGUAGUUGCGCUAUGGGACGGAAUUGCGAAAAGGAGAAUUCGUCAGUAUCAGAAAUACCCGGCGAGUGUCGCCGCGCUCAGUUUUAGUUCGAGUGGGAAGUAUCUUGCGAUUGCCGUUAGUCCUGGGUUUGAGGACGGGAAGGAUGAUAUUGAGCCUGGAUCGGUUCAGAUAUUCAUCCGUGAGCUUGGUGAGACUGAAGCCAAGGGCAAGGGGGCUAAAUAG